CGCGUUCGCCGCCUGUGUGUUUGAGGGCUGCCUGCAUGUCAUUUAUAAGAAAGUUUGUUUUUCGUUCAUCAGAGAAAAUUAUCGCCAUUUUAAUCGUCAAACAAUAAUCAACCGUGACGUUUGUGUUGAGCUGAAAAUGUAAGUCUCACUUUCUCCAUUUGUAAACGGUGAUCUCUGGAGACUGAAGAACACGAGCGAUGACACUUUCAACAAACACCACAACAAUGGAGAAUGAUGGUGAAUUGAGGGAGGAGCAGGUAUCUAAAGGCCUGUCAAAUCUGGGAUUAUCAGCGACUGGACUGCAGCACACCUACUUGUGCCUAUCUGUGCCGGGGCGAGACUUGAAAAAUGUCUCCGUUUUAUGCAAUUAUAUCCAUCUUCAGAAGCUAGAGCUUCCCCACAAUAAAAUAAAAGAUUUAUCCUGCGUGAGUCACAUGCCACACCUCAUCGUACUGGAUGCGUCCCACAACCAACUCACAGAUUUCUUUGGGUUCCAGGCACCAAAAAAUCUCAAGGAAGUAAAUUUCUCACACAACAAGAUGUCAGUAAUGAAGGAUCUCUCUGAGUAUUCAUCUUUGUCCAAGCUCAUUCUUGACCAUAACUCAUUUAGUGCCAUCAGGGGGCUCGAAAAGUGUGAAAGGCUCUCUCACCUCAGCCUGGCCAAUAACAGCAUCUCAUGCAUUAGUGGUCUGGACCAUCUGCCCCUCAGAGAGCUCUGCCUGAGCGGAAAUGCUAUACAAAAGAUUGAGAAUCUACAGACGCUCCGGAAGCUCCAGGUUCUAGACUUGUCCUGUAACCGGAUUCAAAGCCUCUCAGGUCUACAGACACUCUAUCUCAUUGGAACCAUCAACCUUCAGAGCAAUCUGAUCAGCGAGAUAAAGGAGGCCUCACAUUUGCAUGACCUGAAAUUGUUGAGAGACCUGAAUCUUCUCAAAAACCCAGUCCAGGAGAAAGAUGACCACAGAUUGGCUUGGAUCUUCCUUCUUCAGCAUCUCACGCUUCUGGACCAACAGACAGUAACAGCAGAAGAGAAGGUGUCUUCAGUGAACAAGUAUGACCCUCCUCUGGAGGUGAUAGCAGCAAGAGAUCACAUGACCAACUUGCUGUACCAGCUCAUGCAGCCGCAGGUUAUAUUUGACAGUACUUUGCCGAGCCUGGAUACUCCCUACCCCAUGUUGGUUCUCACUGGUCCACAGGCUUGUGGGAAAAGAGAACUUGCUCAUAAGCUGUGUCAGGAAAUCAGUGAAUAUUUUGCCUAUGGUGCCUGCCACACCACCAGGGGGCCCUAUUAUGGUGAAGAAGAUGGUUUAGACUAUCACUUUGUCACCGAGGACGAAUUUCAAACUAUGAUUCAAACGGGUAAGUUUGUCCAGACGAUGCGAUACGGAGGUCAUUGGUACGGUCUAUCUCGGGAGUCUAUCGAGCAAGUGGCUCGCGAGGGUCUGGCCUGCUGUGUACAUAUGGAACUAGAGGGAGUGUAUAGCUUGAAGAACUCAUAUUUUGAGCCGCGGUACGUCCUACUGAUCCCAACUGCUGUUGAAAAUUAUGUAUGCUGUUUGAAAGCCAGAGGAUUCUACAGUAACGCUCAGAUGGAAACGGCUGUGUCUCGCAUCGAUUUGUAUGCCAAGAUUAACAGAGAAAAGCCGGGCUUUUUCGAUAACGUCAUCUCAUGUGAUGAUCGUAAUGAGGCUUACAUGACUCUAAAGCAGUUGGUAAAGGAGUACCUCGGUGUCGAGGAGCCGGGAGGAGAUUCCAGCUCAAUCACACCUGACAACACCUCUUCUAACUCAACAGGUGAGUUACUGGCAGCCGAAACGGAGAAGGCUGACCUCACGGACUCCUACAGCAAGAACUACCAAAACAAAAUCCAGGCCAGGAUGACCCCUAAAAGGACCCCAGCCGAAAUGGCUUCUCAUAGACGCGAGAAGCUAAUUCGAGAGGCUCUGAAAGGGAAGAGUCCUGGUGCUUAUGCCGACCUCUUUCAAAGGAGUGGACCAACCGCUCAAUCAUCAUUAGCCUCUCAUUCCCGGCCAACAGCAGGUCCGAUGCGUCCGGUUGGCCUCGGUGGUCCUGAACUCGAUGAGCUCAGCAGUUCAGAAGAAUCCCGUGCCAGUUCUGGCCUGUCCAUGAGGAGCUCGGCGGGCGUGCGCUCAGCGGAAAGCCCAGCCAGGGGAUCUGACGUUGGGUCAGGGCUCAACAUAGAGCCUUUGGACAUCUCUUUGUUAGGGCAGGAGCGAGACUCCAAAGGUCGCAUGGAUUCACGUCUAACUCCCGAUGCUCCUCGCCUGGGCUCCGAGCGUAUCUCUCCGACCCUGCCGUCGUCACCGGGGCGCCCAGGCGCCAACACCAAACCGGUCCUGCCCCCCAUCCCGUCUGGACGUAAGACCAAUGAGUCUGGCUCAAAACUGUGACAGAUAGAGCCGAAAGAGAGAGGUGAAGAAAAACAUAUUUGCGUUGUUGAAUAUCAUUUAGGUGUUGCAUCUAUCUAGUUAGCUGUAAAAUAAAAAGGGAAUUUAAGUCGAGUUUCAUUAUUUAAUUUAAAGUUCAUUUUAACAGUAAUUCAGGAUAUGAUAAUGCAAAGGACAGUCAGUGCUGUGAUGCAAAGCCAUAGUCAUGCCAUUGGAAAAUUGGUGAUUCUAAUCCCUCUGUGGGACAAGUGAGACAAUAAUGGCAUUAAUGUGUUUUUGUUGUCGUUUUGCAAACUAUAUUAAUACGAAGAGCAUAUAUAUCAACAUUUAAUAUUAUUAUACGAUUCUGACUGGUGACACAUUUAUGUAUAAAGACCACUAAACUGUAGAAUUCAGGUAAUGUGUCAUAUUUAUAUAAAUCAAUUCUGCAUUUAUUUCAUUGGUAGCUGUGUAGUUGAUAAAUGUAAAUGUAUUUCUCAAAUAGAGUCAUUGUUAAAUGUACAACCUCUUCUGCUGGCAAUCCCGGCCAGCUAAAAAAACCAAUGGUUAAAGAGACAGUCCUUUUGAAAUGAAUGUAUCUUAUGACUAAAUCUGACACUUAUGACUAGAAUAAAUAUCUUAAAACAUCAAUACAGGAUAACUCUUGACACAAGUUGGGUUUCAUUGCAAUGUAAAUUUUUCAUCAGUGUAAGGUUGACGUGAUUCUAUGUGUAUUUACACACACCUGGCCGUCCAUCAGCGUCAGUCUCUCUUACCACCAGAUGUUGCAGUGAUCUCAUAAUUCAGUUUCAGACAAGAUAGUUCAUAGGGCUGUGAGAGCUCCUGGGCAUGAUCUACAUAUAAAGUCUUUUCACCUUACUGACUUCUAUACUGUCUGCUAUGUUUCAUUAUAUACUCAUCUAUUUAGAAAAACUGGGAAUGCUGAACGAUGUGAGAUUAUUUGUCAAUUUUGGUGACGGUGUUUAUUAAGACACACCUGAUAGCAGUCCUCAAAUAUUUCGCUUCUCUCCUUUCAUCUUUGCACAUAUUUCAAUAAUAUUCGCACAGAAUAACACUCUCAUAUCUCAUUCCAUCAUCCAGAGCAGGACUGGGAGAAAAAGAACACAAUAUGAAUCAUCUUUUUUACCGAGGGACUAAGAAAGAGGCAAAAUCAAAGUAGAGCUGUUGUGGUCUGCACGGCUUUGGUCUGUAAGUGCAGAUAGAUGUGUUUUUGAUAGUAAAUACCAGUAUAGGCUAUUGAUAGUUUACGUAGGUAGAAUGUUAUGUACUGGUGUAUGAUGUAUGUUUAUUUUGGUCAUUGAAUAGAAUGCAGAGGAUUGCUAAUGAAAAUUAUUGCAAAUCAGUGAAAGAUUUUUUGCCAAAAUGGAUCGUGAAUUAAUUUAAUAUUAAUUCUAAAGUACUUCAGUAUUUUAAAAGUAAAUUUCAGAUUACAGACUUCAUUAAUGUACAUAUAUUUGGAAUAUUUGCAGCAAUACCAUUGAUUCUGUGUCUUCUUUAAUUUCAUAAU